UCUACAUAGCCUAGACAUCAUGGACAUGACCUAUCACAUCUUGACAGAUUCCUUCAAAAACCGUUCAUAAAACCAAAUUACAAAUGUGACAAUGCUUAGGCUUGUCGGCCAAAGCCUCCUUAAAACCAAAGAGAUUCGUUGUCUUCCUUGCCAAUGGCAAUGUAGGUUAUUUUCAGAAGAAAAAGGGUCCAUUCCUUUUAGGAGUGCCAACCUUGGACCAUUUUUCCAGAAGCCAGCAGAGCUCCGGAACCAAUUUUUGGAGGAUGCAUUAUUGCAGCGAUAUCUGACUCGCCUUUUGCCGGGAGAGGUUCAGAAACCGAUCUUUGGUGACCUUGAACAGUUUGGAAACCGAGUUGCCACCGACAUCUACGACUGGCAUCUUCAAUGUGAGCGAGAUCCUCCACGUUUGCAACAGUUUGAUGCCUGGGGAAACAGAACUGAUGAAAUAAUCACAUGCGAGGCAUGGAAGAAGAUGCACGAUAUAUCUGCUCAGGAAGGCUUGAUUGCCAUUGCUUAUGAGAGGAAAUUUCAACAAUGGAGUCGGAUUUAUCAGGUUGCAAAGCUCUACUUAUACAACCCGUCUGCUGGACUUUAUAGUUGUCCUCUAGCCAUGACAGAUGGAGCUGCAAAGAUAUUGGAGGAUCUUGGUGAUCCUGCCCUGAUGUCUGGUGCUUAUACCCACCUAAUCAGCAGAGACCCAGCAACAUUUUGGACAUCUGGCCAAUGGAUGACAGAGAGGAGAGGAGGAUCUGAUGUUGCUAAUGGAACCGAAACAGUAGCAGUGGCUCAGUCAGAUGGCUCCUACAAGUUAUAUGGCUACAAAUGGUUUUCAUCUGCCACUGACUCGGACAUGACUAUGACACUGGCUAGAGUUAUGGAUCAGAAUGGACAAACAGUAGAUGGUACCAAAGGCCUGAGUUUGUUUUACCUUGAGACAAAAACAGAAGAUGGAAAACUGAACAGCAUUCAAGUGCAGAAAUUGAAAAAUAAGCUUGGAACACGACAGUUACCAACUGCAGAGCUUCUGUUAGAUGGAGCAAAAGCUAUCAAGAUUUCCCCAGAAGGACGUGGUGUUGCCAGUAUUGCCACAAUGCUCACAGUCACGAGAAUACACAAUUCCUUGGCCGCCGUGGGAGCUAUGAGAAGAGUAAUUAACCUUGCGCGUGACUACAGUACAAAACGUGAUGCAUUCGGACAGAAAAUCUGUAACUACCCCCUGCACAUGCAGACCAUAGCACGGCUGGAGGUGGAGACACGAGGUGCCUUUCUCCUGGUGAUGGAAGUCGCUCGGCUACUUGGUCUUGAUGACUGCAAGAUGAAGACAGAGAGAGAUCAACAAAUGCUUCGGCUGCUGACACCACUCCUUAAACUCUACACAGGGAAACAGGGUGUGUCUGUUGCGUCUGAAGGUCUUGAAUGUUUUGGUGGUCAGGGUUACAUUGAGGACACCGGAUUGCCUGCUAUAUUACGGGACGUACAGGUUUGCUCGAUAUGGGAAGGAACAACCAACAUUCUAUCACUCGAUGUCCUGAGGUGUAUCGCCAAAAGCCACGGUGCUGUGUUACAUUCCUUCCACAGCGAUGUCUCAGAAAAACUGCUCAAUGUAUCAAAACGUCCUAACUUGAUGCAACACAGCUCAAAGGUUCAACGUGCUUGCGAUAGCUUGAUGGACUUUUUGAGGAAAAAUGCAGAUAUGUCAAUAUUAGAAAUUGCAGCGAGGGACCUGGCUUACAGUUUGUCAAGAAUUUACAUCGCUACACUUCUUCUGGAUCAUGCCUAUUCAGCUGUUUCAACCCCUACUGAUGUGGCGGCAGCCAUCAGAUGGUGCUCCAUGGAUUUAACGCCAGUUUUAACAAAUGCGUCUCUGUACGGGGAAGAUGGUGUCAAAAUGGACAAUGAUCUUGUCAUGGACGGAUUCCUUGGACCUCAGUAGGAAAACGCUGUGAAAGAGUCGCCUGAAGAACGACCUGGUUGGGAUUGAAAGUUUCCAGUGAAUUUAUUACUCAGUUUUAAAAGUUC